CCCGGCCCGUCCGCGGCGCAGAGCAGCGGCGGCAGCGGCGGCGGCGGCAGCAGCCACCCGAUGUCUUCCGCGCCCGAGAAGCAGCAGCCACCGCACGGCGGCGGCGGUGGCGGCGGGGGAGGCGGCGCGGCCAUGGACCCCGCGUCGUCUGGCCCGUCCAAGGCCAAGAAGACUAAUGCCGGCAUCCGGCGCCCUGAGAAGCCGCCCUACUCCUACAUCGCGCUCAUCGUCAUGGCCAUCCAGAGCUCGCCGACCAAGCGCCUGACGCUCAGCGAGAUCUACCAGUUCCUGCAGAGCCGCUUCCCCUUCUUCCGCGGCUCCUACCAGGGCUGGAAGAACUCCGUGCGCCACAACCUCUCGCUCAACGAGUGCUUCAUCAAGCUGCCCAAGGGCCUCGGGCGGCCCGGCAAGGGCCACUACUGGACCAUCGACCCGGCCAGCGAGUUCAUGUUCGAGGAGGGCUCCUUUCGCCGGCGGCCUCGCGGCUUCCGAAGGAAAUGCCAGGCGCUCAAGCCCAUGUACAGCAUGAUGAACGGGCUCGGCUUCAACCACCUCCCGGAUACCUACGGCUUCCAGGGCUCGGCCGGCGGCCUCUCGUGCCCUCCGAACAGCCUGGCACUGGAGGGCGGCCUGGGCAUGAUGAACGGCCACUUGCCCGGCAAUGUGGACGGCAUGGCCCUGCCCAGCCACUCGGUGCCCCACCUGCCCUCCAACGGCGGCCACUCGUACAUGGGCAGCUGCGGCGGCACGGCGGCCGGCGAGUACCCACACCACGACAGUUCGGUGCCUGCCUCCCCGCUGCUGCCCACAGGCGCCGGCGGGGUCAUGGAGCCGCACGCCGUAUACUCCGGCUCUGCAGCGGCCUGGCCGCCCUCCGCCUCUGCGGCGCUCAACAGCGGCGCCUCCUACAUCAAGCAGCAGCCCCUGUCCCCCUGUAACCCCGCGGCCAACCCCUUGUCCGGCAGCCUCUCCACGCACUCCCUGGAGCAGCCAUAUCUGCACCAGAACAGCCACAACGCCCCAGCCGAGCUGCAAGGCAUCCCAAGAUAUCACUCCCAGUCGCCCAGCAUGUGUGACCGAAAGGAGUUUGUCUUCUCUUUCAACGCCAUGGCGUCCUCUUCCAUGCACUCUGCCGGCGGGGGCUCCUACUACCACCAGCAGGUCACCUACCAAGACAUCAAGCCUUGUGUGAUGUGAGGCUGCUGCUGCAAGCCCUCCUGGUGCAGGCAGGCGGGUCACAGGGACCCUGGACCGGCACAAGAAACUGCUUUAUUCUCGAGGUAUAACCAUCAGCAGAAGAAAAGGGUUCGACCCCUCCCCAGCCGGAAUUUUUGGCAAGGAAUCCCCAACGCAAAGACACAGCGCUGUGGUUGGCAUCUCCUUCCCCACUCCCUCAAAAAUGUUAAGAAAUGGUAGUGGUGGGUCUGAUCGGACUGCAGCCAUCGAUAAUAAACGUUUUUGAUCCUGCUGAACCCGGCUGAGACGGUGCUGUGCCGGGGAAAGCCUUCCUCAUCCACACAGAAAUUCUGCUGAGGUCCCCCUCCUUCCUGGCCAAGGGCAGAAGUCGGGGGAGAUUUUUAGAAGAAAGGCAAACAUGUGAGACCAAUCAUUAUCAAAUACUUUUAUUUUUUGGUUGAGUAUUUAUCUUUUUUUAAUUUUUUUUUUUUUUUUGGAAAGAAUGUCUUGGACUGUGCAAGUCUCCCUUUAGAGCCGUCUUUUUCGGGGAGCAAGAGGGGACGGAUCUCCCUCCGGAUCUCCCUCCCCACCUCCAUAGUCUCCUCCGUGGACCACAGGUGGAUCUUUGUGCGAACAAGUUGCAUUUUGGAAGCCACUGUCCGUCUUUGUCUUUAAACAGAAAAUUGAAGGAGCCGCGAAGCGAGCGGCCGCCGGGCCUCUGCCUCUGACCCCGUCCAUUUCCCUCUUCUUCCUUCGCUUCAGCCUCUUCUGUUAUGUUUUGUCUUGAAUUUUAUUUCCACUUUUUCAGUGGGUAUUUUUCUCUCUCUCAACCUCUACGGUAAACUUUCUGGUCCAAGAACGAGCCGAACACAGCGCGAUGCAGGGACUGGGACGGCCGGUGACCGCGCGGAUUCAGGAUUGCGGGCACGCAGAAAGGUUAAGGCACUUUUUAAAAUUAUAGCAAGGCUCCUGUUUAUUUAUUCUACUUUCUUUCCCUAAUAAUCGAAACACCGCAUAGGCUCCUCCGUUUAUCAGUAUUAAUGGUGUAACUUUGUUGGCAAUAUUUGCCGUGUAGAAUUUUUUUUAGAUAUCCAUUGUAAAUUUGAAACAAAGACAGAUCUGUGUAAAAACAAAUUUCCAUAUGUUUUAUAUAAAUAUAUAUAUAAUAUGAAGGACUACCCUUUUUUUUUUUUUAGCAUUUCCGCUGCUAGAGUGCAGCAUUUGUGACACGUAUUUGAAAUUUUUAAUUUCCUUCUGCACUGUAUAAAAGGACCAUUUGAGGAUGUUUUGCCUUUUGUGUAUUUUUUCCUAAAAAAAAAAAACAAAAAUAAAAAUGUAUAACAUUUGUA